UUUGCAACCUUUACUAAACACGUCAGUCACGUCACAAGUGGUCAUAAGUUCAUAAGCAGUCAGAAGUCAGGAGCAGUCAGGAGUUAACCAGAAGUUAACGACAGUUAACGAUACGAUAUCUACGAUACGAUUACGAUGCGACACGUAGUGAACGAAGAAAAAUGGCGAUGAUUAGCGUGUAAAGACGAUCGUCAACGUCAACAGAGUUGACAGAGAGUAAUGAAAUUGGCUAUUGUCAAACGCGAUAGCAUAAUGCACGGAAAAUGUUUCGUCUAGUCUGCGCCACCUCGGUGUUAAAAAUGAGUCAAAUAGAGAUGGAUCAAGAAACCGUAUAUGGAACCCAUGAGGAUAGUCAUGUGGUUAUGUCAGAGAAAGUGCAGUCUCUCGCUGGCAGUAUUUAUCAAGAAUUUGAAAAGAUGAUAGCUCGUUACGAUGAAGAUGUGGUAAAAGACCUAAUGCCUCUCCUAGUCAAUGUUUUAGAAUGUCUAGACAUAUCUUACACUGAAAAUCAAGAGCGUGAAGUCGAAUUAGAGUUAUUAAGGGAAGACAAUGAACAACUUGUUACACAAUAUGAAAGGGAGAAACAAUUAAGAAAAACAUCUGAUCAAAAAUUGUUGGAACUUGAAGAUAUUGCAGAAGAUGAAAGGAAAGAACUUUUGUCAAAAAUUGAUAGUUUGGAGUCAAUUGUGAGGAUGCUGGAACUGAAGACAAAAAAUUCACAUGAUCACGUUGUCCGUCUUGAAGAAAAAGAAGCUGAGUUGAAGCGUGAAUAUACACGCCUGCAUGAGAGAUAUACGGAACUAUUUAAAACGCAUGUAGAUUACAUGGAAAGAACAAAGAUGUUAGUUGGAAGUUCAGAAAGAUUAGAAAAUGCGUCUAGUGGUCGUGGUCCAUCCCGCUUGCCAUCUCUUGGGUUAGCUCACAUGUCACGAAGUUCUGGACCAUUGAGUUAUGGUUUUCAGAGCUUAGAAGCUAGCAUAAAUGCGGAAGAAGUACAAGAAGAAAGCCCACCAAAUACAGCUGCUAACUUAAGAACUGAAAUGUUGGACAGUAGUAGCGAAGCUGCUAUUGAAACAUCUGAUAAAAGUCAAUUAACAGAUAAGCCAGUGCAAGCUAACAAAACAACAGCAAUUUCCAGACAUGAAAGUCCAGAAACUGAAAUACCACCACCUUUGAUUACUCCGACAUCACCAACGGCUACAGAGAAACUGGCUAGUACUCCAAGUGGCAGAAGUAGAACAGAAAGGGAGCAACGUAGCGGCAAUACAUUAUAUCAGGAACUCAGUUUUCAGGAUGUCGAUGCAUUAGGAGAAAUGGAUGAAGGAGCUGAUAUUACUGGUAGUUGGGUUCACCCAGGAGAAUAUGCCUCAUCGGUAAAUGACAACUUUUUCGGAAUGGGUAAGGAGGUCGAAAAUCUUAUCAUGGAAAACAAUGAACUCUUGGCUACGAAAAAUGCGCUGAACAUCGUCAAAGACGAUUUAAUUGUAAAAGUGGAUGAACUCACCAGUGAACAAGAAAUAUUGCGUGAGGAGGUUCGUGGCUUGCAAUUGGCUAGAGAGCGUUUAAGACAAAAAGUUACUGCUCUUGAAGAAGAAUUAAAGAAAGUUAAAGAGGAAGCAGAAGCAGCAGCGAAGGCAGCUAAGAGUGAUGACGAGGAAGACGUAUCAUUAGCACAAAGAAAGAGGUUUACCAGAGUCGAAAUGGCUAGGGUGCUUAUGGAAAGAAAUCAGUACAAAGAACGAUUCAUGGAACUUCAAGAAGCAGUCAGAUGGACUGAAAUGAUAAGGGCUUCUAAGACUGAUCCUACUAGUAUAUCAGGAGGGAAAGUGUGGAAAUUUUUUAGUAAUCUUUUCACAGGACCUGCGGAUCGGGGAGCCUUGGUUCGCGGACCACAUACGUUACCUCACAUUAGGUACAGUGCACCAACGAAUCAAGUUGUCCCAGCACCUCCUUUGGAUACCAUGCGUAGACGUACGUUGAAAAGUCGUCAUGAGUUUUUCGACCAGGGAGACACCAUAGAUACCUGGUUUUUCUGGUUUUCGGUGGGGUGCUUAUUGGCCAGCAGAGCAUCUGAAAAACUCGUAGCACGACGUGCGAACGAACGAAGAGAGCAAUACCGUCAAGUUCGUGCACAUGUUAGGAAAGAGGAUGGCCGUUUACAUGCCUACGGUUGGAGUUUGCCUGGAAAACCAAGUGCACCGGUUAGACAACCCGUUCCUGUACCAGUCUAUUGCAGACCCUUACAGGAAUCAGAACCUGGCAUGAAGAUAUGGUGCGGAGCUGGUGUGAUUUUAAGUGGUGGUAAAACACGAGACGGUGGUUGUAUGAUUGGGGGCAGUGUAUUUUACGCUGCCGAAGCUCAAGAAGUGAACACGAAUACAAAAACUGAAGCAGAGGAUGCUAUUGAACAUUUAGAUAAGGAGCUUGAAGAAAACGAAAAUCAAAGAGUGGAAGCAGAACAGUUUGAACAACAGUUGAGCUCGUUGGUAUGGAUCUGCACAUCGACGCAGAAGAUGUCUAAAGUUACUGUGAUAGAUGCUAAUAAUCCAGCCGAUAUUCUGGAAGUCUUUAACGUUUGUCAAGGACACUUACUUUGUAUCGCAAGUGUAUCUGGCGCUAAAGAGAGUGAUUACGCUCAAGCCGCGAAUGAGGACCUGAUUCGAACUGCCAAUGGAUUAAUCGAGAACGAUAACCACGAACUAAACGCGAGUACCGAACAGAAUAAUAAAAAGAAUAAACCAGAAGCUCAAGCGUCAACGGAUAAGAACAAGAAUGAAUCGGGUCGUGUUUCGGAACAACAGAAUAAUGAAAAUGCAGAAAAAUUAGAUGAGACCAAUGAAAACACUAUUAUUACUGAGCGACAAAGUUUAGAGAAUGUAGACAGUGAAACGAUAAAUUUAGGGAAAGUACACUUUGUGAAAGUUAAUUUAGAAACGUCCAGUUUAUGCCUGGAAGAGAAAAAUGAUGAAACUGAAGAAAAUGAGAAUAAUAUCGAAGAAGACACGACUAUAGAAAAAAUGUCUUCGAUACAACCUACUAUGUGGCUUGGAGCUCAAAAUGGUCAAGUGUUCGUUCAUUCAGCCGUCGCUAAGUGGUCUGUUUGUCUACACUCUGUUAAAUUAAAGGAUGCCGCACUAGCUAUCGUUCACGUACAAGGUCGAGUCCUCGUUGCUCUUGCCGAUGGUACUGUCGCGUUGUUUCGCAGAGGUGCAGAUGGACAAUGGGAUCUGUCUCAAUACCAUGUGAUUACGUUGGGUAGUCCACAACAUUCAAUUAGGUGCAUGACUGCUGUUAGCGGCAAAACUGUAUGGUGCGGAUAUAGGAAUAAAAUUCAUGUAAUAGAUCCAGUUUCAAUGAUUAAUGACUUAACAGUAGUAUUUCACAUUUUAAUGUAAAACUUGCAGUGUACCGUAGAUGCUCAUCCACGUCGAGAAUCCCAAGUAAGACAAUUAGCUUGGUUGGGAGAAGGGGUGUGGGUCAGCAUCAGAUUAGAUUCGACACUGAGGUUGUAUCACGCUCACACUUAUCAACAUCUUCAAGAUGUUGACAUUGAACCUUAUGUUAGCAAAAUGCUAGGAACCGGGAAACUUGGUUUCUCGUUUGUAAGAAUUACUGCAUUACUCAUAUCCUCGAAUAGACUAUGGAUUGGAACAGGAAACGGAGUAAUUAUCUCAGUUCCUUUAUCCGAAAGUGCGGGUGGCUCAUUAGCGGUAUCCAGGGUUCAAGCAGGAAAUCCUAAAAAUGAUGCGCCAGGAGUCGGUGUCAGAAUCUUCGCCUCGGAACGUGGCGUUACACCCGGCAGUUUUAUACCUUAUUGCAGUAUGGCUCAUGCUCAACUUAGCUUCCAUGGACAUAGAGACGCGGUGAAAAUGUUCGUUGCAGUGCCUGGGCAUGGCGGCCAAAGUGUAGUGUCCGAUGGUUCUCAACCGGCUAUGCUUGUCCUUUCCGGAGGUGAAGGUUACAUAGAUUUCAGAGUUGCAGAUGAGGCGGAAGACGAGAGUGACGUGGCGACUCAUCUGAUUGUAUGGCAAUUGGUCAGGUGAUGGAGAAGAUACGGAAGAGACUAUGGAACGAUCGAACAAUGCUGUAGUUGUGAAUGCCGAGGAACACGGAGAACAGAGUCAUUUAAUCGUGUGGCAAGUGCAAUGUCCUUUACCAGUGCCAAUGAAUGGCUAGAUUAGAAAUUUUUGAAACAUUGACCCAUUCACGACGUAUGGUUCAGCUUGAACUUCUAUAUGCGGAGGUACGUUUGAACGGUUCUGGUGAUACGCCUGUCAAGGCAUCGAUAAAUUAUACUUAUCUUCUGGUCAAGUGAAUGCUGCAUCUAUUUAAUUAUACUUUAUGUAACGAUCGUAGUAAGUGAAAUACGCAAACGAUUCUACGUAUAGCGCAAUGGCGAAACAAAUGGAAUAUUUCGGAGAUUUUUAAAUUACUAUAAGGAUCAUUGAUAUUUAACGAUACGGAUACGAAUAAUUCAGAUAAUUUUACAUUAUGGAUGACCCGUGAACGCAAAGUUUUCUUUCUUACAUGAGAGUUGACUAUCUUGUCGUGGCGUUUGCAAGAAAUAACUUUUUUUUAAUCAUGAUAAUAGUAAUAACUUAUUUAUUGGGUAUUUUAUUUCUUAAAAAUCAUGAAAGAAUUAGAAUCUCCUUAACUGGACGCUUGUAAUCUUUAGCUUCUGACUUUAAAAAAUGUAUUGUUAAGGUAUUUUAUCGAAAUGAUAAUUCGCUCUUACACAUCGAUAAUGUAAUUUGUAACGAAACUAUUUUUCCCUUGGCUGUUA